GCGACAAAUGAAACUUCUCUGACAUUUAUGAGAAAGACAACUGCGUUACAUGAAGGCAGGUAGAAUACAUGGACUCUCACACGCUGAAGAAUGAACCUUCGAGACUUUCCGCUAUACAUCAUGGAAACUUUAAAAGGCUGGCCUUCACUAUAUCAAUCUGUUGUUGUGUUCAUGCUCCUUACAACAAUCAGCAAAGGGUCAGCGUGCAAGGCUCCUUCCAGUCCUCAGUGCUUCAGGAGAAGAGCCGACGAGUCUGUUUACUUGUGUGAAUGGAGCAUGGAGACGAUGGAGAGCGAUGUAACGUUUGACCUUUACUUUAAUGAAACAAAAUUUGAGAGCAUUAGGAAAACCUGGUCUCAGUUCAACGAGGAACAGCUUAUCAGAUACCGUCCGGUUGACAUUUGGGUGGAGGCUCACGCAGAAAACUCCAGCUGCACGUCCACCAGGAGGUCUGUUGUACUGGGGCAGACAGUUAAGUAUGAAGCGCCACAAAAUAUUGCCAUGUCCUGGUUAAAAAACAACCUGAACUUGAGCUGGAAAGCAGCAGAGAAGCAUCCAGCUUUAGCUGAGGUCCGGUUCCGACGUCAUGAACACCCCACAGAAUCAUGGGAGAAUAGAACAAGGCGUACCACCAAUGAGACCCUUAUGUACCAGGUGAUUGUUGAGAAUCUGUUGAAGCACACAGCUUACCAGGUUCAAAUCAGACAUCGGUCCAAUCAGGUCCUGAACCCGCUGUGGAGUGACUGGUCUCCAGUUGUGAUUGUUCCUGCAGAGCUGGGGGAAAAACCUGAAGUCAACAUUAAGAAAAGGCUUGUAAAUGGCACUCGAAAGGUGAUGCUAACGUGGAAGCCGAUGCCUCAUGCAACAGCAGUCACAGGAGUGACGUACAGCCUGAGGGACACACAGUCUUCUCUUGGAUGUCCAUGUCAGAGCUGGACACAUCCCGUCAAACUGAAUAAACACACUACUUAUGUGUCGUACUCUGCUGUCAACAUCUCUGUUAUCGCCACAAAUGCAGCAGGACCUUCUCCUCCAGCAAUCAUACAAGUACCGGCCGAACCUGCUGCAGAUUUAGAGAUUUGUGACACAACGUUACUGGAUGAAAAAUUAAAAAAGAGCACUUGCCUUGAGUUGUCCGAGCUUCAAGAUGGAGAUUCAAGGCCAAAAAAUGUCAUCACGUUAGCAGGAAGGAUGAAAAAAACAGAAAGGGAGCAAAUACGAAAUACCACUAAGGAUUUCGUUCGCUACCUUUACUUUGAACACAGAUGUGAUGGUAGGAAACCGCAGACAGUUAAAAUGUGCCUCUUUUAUCAGAAAGAGGGUGUUCCACGCAGAGAACCACAGGACUUCAGCCCCUUCAGUGAAACACACAGUUCUGUUCACCUGUCUUGGAAAGCGAUUCCCACUGAAGACCAGCGAGGGUUCCUCACACACUACAGCCUCUGCAGCGUGAAAAUCAGCUCACACGAUGAGCCGAAAGUGUGCCAUAUCAUAUCAGCCUCGCUGACAAAACACCGUCUGGAAAACUUGACGCCCGGGGCGAAAUACAACAUCAGCCUGGUCGGAAUGACACGAGCGGGCGAAGGACCUAAAGCCACAGUGACAGUCAACACGCUGCUGGAGACGCCUGUGAAUGCAUUAUGGAGUUUCAGCUUGCUGCUUCUGUUCUUUCUCAUCUCAACAUCGUGCACCUGUAUCUUGAAGAGAAUCAAAAACAAGAUCUUCCCUCCUGUGCCGAAACCCGUUAUUCCAGAUUUCACCUGUUAUGAGAGUCAGGAGAUGCUGGAGAGAAAGGAGGAGGUGCAUGAGCUGACGCUGCACCAGCUACAUCCAGAGGGCAAGCGCGUCCCCAAGGAUGUAGAGGAAACCAUUCUCCAUGAACACGUGGAGAAUGAGAGGGAUGAUUCAAGGAUGUCAGGAGGGAACAGUGAUGAGUGUUUGAGUCCCGGCUCUACAGAACAGGCGCUGAGGAGCUCCAGAGAAGGAGAAGUGACAGAUCUGGAGCAGGUGGACAAUGAGAUCGCAAUGCUGACAUACAGGAAUGGUUUGGUCUUUGAUGUCAAGACUGACUCGCCUUAAAAAGCAGGAGGGCUAGCCACUCACAGGCUUUGUCAAUGCACGUUGUCAAUAAACUGUUCACAGCAAAUCCUGGUCCAGGCUUUCAUGAGUGUUGCUCGUUUCAGUGGCUUCCACACAAAGAAACUCUGAUCACAGGAAAAUUAUCUGUGAGGAACUUUUCAUUUUCACUUUUAACACCAGUCUCUGGUUAAUUAUUACAUUUACUUUACCAUGACUGCAAAGAUCAGAUGGGCUCCAACUUUAAUAGUUUGAUUUUCUCCACAAUAAGCAUUACAGCCUCACAGACUCUUGGUCUUAGCAGCUACAUCUUGAUUAAACCCCAUGAAACCCCUUACAAUAUAGUAAAAUAAUAUAUAUAGUCUAACCAUAAAAUGUUUACCUCAGGUGAGAGAUGUCAAAAUAACAAUAAAAUAUCAGCUUUACUUUGAAGAGCUUGGACCAUUGUUUGGCCAUAACCUGAGACUGCAAAGACAAAGGAGCAGUGUAUUUGGUGGCUGAGUAGCACAACCUGAGCCUGUGAAGAGGUCAUCUGACAGGAAGUGGUUUCAAAAAAAAAACAUGGCCUUAAAAGAGAGGUAGCUAAUGCAAGGUGAAAUGCUCGAUUACCCAUAGCCAAAGAGAACUGGGUGGAGUUUGGAUCUACCUGGUUCAAACUAGAGCGUGUCAUGUCCAUUUAAAGGACGUGAUGACAGGCUGGCAGCACUGUCCCACACACACUGCACUUUGAUUUCCCAACAGAAGAAAAACAUUGUGUGGAAGAGAAUGAAACCAGCGUGAACGUCACUCUAUUGUUUUACAUAUGAGUCACUUCCACCACAUCAAGAUUAAAAUCAUUGGUUGUGACCACAGAGAACAGGCUAACAUCUGAUAAACAUGAUGUGUGCUGAGGAACAUACUAUGAACAGAUACCACUGUGUUUUUGUUCUGUCUGUCUAUAAUAAGUACAUAAUUUACUGCAUUUAUAUUAAAGGCAGUAUGAGCAUGUAUUUACAGGACAUACAGACUUGAGUUUCCAGACAUUAGUUUAUUGACAUGAAGUGGUUUAUAAGGAUUUAACUGUUAAAUUCUGCCUAUAUGGGAGAUUUUAAUACAAAUCUGAGGUACUUGCAUUUUAUUGAAGUGAUUCCAUUUGAUGCAACUUUAUAUUUCUAAAAUAUAACAUUGCAAGAUGGUUAAUAUCAGUUUUGGAAGUGGGGAGUGGAUAUGUAAAUGUUUUUUGUCUUUAGCUCUUCGACAGCAGCUGGUGCUGCCUGGGUCACUGGCCAUGAACUCUAAAGUCUUAAGUUUUAUUCAGAUUCAUUGUCUCAGUGAUGACUGAUUCGAAGGUCCCACAGUUGGAAUAACGAUAUAUAAAAACUUUUAUCCGAGUAUAUUGACGACCUUCCGAGCAUUAAUUUCCGUUAGAACUGAAGGAAUGGAAACAAAAGCCACCAUUUAAGGACGUUUUCAGAUCAUUUGGACUGUGGAAUAAAAGAUAAAAUUGUCUGUCAUCAGUAUAGAUUUGGAAGAAAUGUUGUGUUGUCACCGUAGUUUUAUGAACAAAACAACUAGGACUUUCAUUUUGACUUAUUUUGUCACACAAGAAGUUAAGAAGCUUCAAUGCGCUUUAUACUUGCACAUGUGAAUAAAUCAAACGGACACAGUGUCUGUCCCCCUCUUUGUCUGCUUUCCUGCAUGAAUACGUUGCCGUACUUCAGUGGUCUGCUCUACGUUACAUGUUGUAGCACAGGUUGUCCAGCAGAUGGCAGGAUAGAGAUCUUUGCUGAU